AUGGAUUAACCUUACCUGAAUGAUCUUCCUGUUAGUCAUGUUUAGAUACAUACACCUGUUGGUGAACAACGACUAUUAUUUUAAGAUGCAUUAGGGCACAUAAAAUUAAGACAGAUUAAUGUAUAAACAAGAUUAAAUGAACUUUUGAUUUAAGCAAUAUAGAAAUUAAGAAAGUAUACAAAAAUAAAGAAUCUAUCACUUCUAAGUAAAUAAUAAUUAUAAGCAUUUAAUGAUGUUUCUAGUUGUUAUAUUUAAUAAAUUAAAAAAGGGAAAGACUCUUCUUAAUUUGAGAAAUAGUAUUAUUAAUACAAACAGUAGAAUAUAAGUUUAUAAGUUUUAGUGUCUAAUUUAAUGUCUAUGGUUAAACAUAGAAGUUUUAGAAGUAUAAAAGCAAGUCAUCCAAUGUUAAUUUUUUGGAGUUUCUUAAAAUUUCUGUUAGUAUUACAUUUAUGUUUCAUAUUUCCAUUAUCAGAUUCAUUUAUCUAUCAAUUAGAUGAAUUUAUUGAUAUUUAGAGACCUAUAUUUUUUGUUGAAAUAGCUAUUCUGGCAAUUGAUAUCAUAAUGAGAUUGAAUGUUUAGAUCUAUAAUAAGGGAACAUUGAUAACAUAAACAAGAAAAAUAAUUGUUUAAUAUUUUCGAAAAGAAUUCUUAAUUGAUUUUGGAGGAUUAAUUGGAUUAAUAGUUUUUUUGGUUUCAAAUUUUACUCCUGUUAAAUACUUAUUCAUUCUUAAGUUAAAGGAGUUGUCAAUAUUUAUGGAAGUAUUUAAAUAUGAAAUUGAUCCAAAAGGUAGAUUUAAGAAUCAUCUUAAAUUAUUAAAAUUAUUAAUCACAGUAGUAUUGUUAGCUCAUUGUUUUGCUUGUCUUUGGAUAGGAAUAGGAUAACAUUCAAUGGAAAAGAAUUGGAUAGUCUAAAGAGGAUUAGAAGAUUCACAUUGGAUAGAAAUUUAUUUAACUGGUUUAUAUUUUGCUAUUACAACAAUGACUACAGUAGGUUAUGGUGAUAUAACACCAAUAAAUCCAUAUGAAGUAUUGGUUAGUAUUUGUUUGACUCUAUUUUCAUCAUGUAUAUUUGCAUAUGUGUUUAAUACAAUAACUUCUAUUUUAAAGGAUUUAGAUGCAGAUAAAAGUAAAGUGAAACACGAUUUAGAAAUAUUGAGUCAUUAUAUGAAGAAAAGAAAUAUUGAUUCAGAUUUAUAAAAGAGAGUAGAAAAGUAAAAUAAUGUAUAUUUUAAUUUAGUUAUCUUCGAUUAGUAUAUAAACAUCAACCAUCUACUUAAGAGAAGAAGAUCUUUAAUAAAUUGAGUCCAUAAUUAAAAUAAGAAUUAAAUGAAUAAGAUAAAGGAUUAUUAUUAUUAAAAUAACCAGUAUUAGUGAACAAUUUCUCAUUAAAAUUACUUAGAGAAUUAAUUGAAUGUGUUUAAGAGAUUAAUUUAACUCCUUAAGAGAAAUUAUCUAAUGAUCCAGGAUUGUUUAUUUUAUUGAAAGGAAAUAUUAAUAUAAUAUUUGGAGAAAAUAAAAUACUUAUGGGAAAUUUGAAACCUGGUGAUGGUGUAGGGUUGAAAUCUUUAUUUAAUGAGUAAUAGAAUAAAAAAUUGAUAUUAAUAAGUGAAGGGUUUUCAACAGUUUAUUAUAUUUCUUAAUGUGAUUUCUUUAAAAAAUUAAAGGAUACUGAUUUAGAUUAAUUCUAUUAGAUUAGAGAUAGAAUUAUGUUGUAAAAUUAUGAUAAUUUAUUUUUGAAAUGUUUAUUAUGCAGAAAAUAAGGGCAUGAAAUAUGUGAAGACAUUUAUUUUAAUUUAAAUAAAGAAUUAAUUCUAGCAAAAUAUCAAUAUUCAAUUAAAUAAGAAAGAUAGAAUAAAUAUAAAAGAAAAUAAUAAGAGAAGACUCGUACUUUUCAUCAAUUAGAAAUUAGAAGGAGAGGUGCUAAUUUAUGUUAUUAGAAAACAAUUUAAUCAUUGAGAAUGAAAGAAAAAGAAAGUGAUGAUGAAGAUGAAUAAUAAAUGAAUCAAGAUAUUGAUGUAAGAUAUAUAUAAUAAACAAGAGUCUUAUGAUGAUUUAGAAUAUUCAAGACAUUAUUUGGAUGAAAACAAAGAUUCUAUUUCUGUAUUCUAUGAUAGAUAAACAACACUAAAAUAAUAAUACAAUAGAUCUAAUGUAAAAACUAAAAUUAAAGGAGCUUCUAUAGUUAGAAUACUUUAAAAUUACUCUUCUUAAAAAGUAUGGCAUGAUGAUUUUUUUAUAAUAAAUGAUUUCGAAAAAAUGAAAUUCUAUAGAAUGUAUUGUCCAACUUAUAAUUAUGAUUCAGUCAUUAAGAUCUAUAAUUAAUGGAGAAAAAAGACAUAUAAAACCAUAUAUAAAUCAUAAUUUAAUUGA